GUGGAGGCACUGAGACGACAGCUCCCGAUGCAGGAGGAGUGCGCCUUGUGAAGCCCCUGGGAGGCUUCCAGAGGACCAACAGCUACUCGUGCCUGAACGAUGUCAUGCUCACGGGAGAGAAGGCUGGGAAGAUCUCAGCAGAGGAAGUGCCUGCUCCCGUCCAUGAGGAGGAGGAGGUGGCGCCCACGAUCCCCGAGACCCUCCUGCCUGAGGGCGAACGCCUCAACGUCAUCAUCGUGUCCUCGGAGAUCAGCCCCUACUCAAAGUCCGGCGGUCUCGCAGACGUGGCGGACAAGUUGGGAGUGGCGCUGGCGAAGCUCGGUCAUCGCGUGAUGACGGUAGCGCCCAUGUACCGUGCGUAUGAGGGGGCCGAGCCGACGGGGGUCAAGCGGACGUUCGGGCUGUGGGACACCGGCCACACGGUUGAGUACUGCCACAAGUACGAGCAGGUUGGCAAGGAUAAAGGAGUGGACCACGUGUUUGUGAAGCACGGUUCGUUUGAGCGCAAGGGAAUGUAUGGUGAAGGCGGGAUGGACUAUGGAGACAACUUGUUCCGCUUCGCACUGUUCGCAUGGGCGUCACUGGAGGCUCCGCUGGUGGUUCCUUGUGGAGGAGUUCCCUACGGGGAGGAUGUGGUCUUCCUUGCGAACGACUGGCAGGCUGGUUUCGUGCCCUUGAUCUUGUCGAGCCACUACAGGAGGUAUAAGGUUUACUCCAAGGCCAGAUGCGUUUUCGACAUUCACAACAUGGGAUACCAAGGGCCUUUCCCCAAUCCUCCCUACUCUGAGGCUCCUCCUUUCUCCUUCUGCGACUUUGGGUUGCGCGACAACGCGUACUACGACAAGUACUUCUGGGUGUAUCCGGAGGAGCAGCGAGCACACGCCUUGGACAAGGGAGAGUCGAUCAAGCUGCUCAAGGGAGGCAUCGAGAUGUCAGACAAGGUCUGCACAGUCGCUCCAUCCUACUGCGAUGAGAUCAUGACCCUCGAGGGAGCCUGGGGGAUGCAUGAAGUCACUCGCUUCCGCUUCUCUGACACCGUCGGGAUCCUCAACGGCAUCGACAUGGACGAGUGGGACCCGAGCAACGACAAGUUCCUCAUUCCCAAGGGCAUCAGCUUCUCGGCCGCAGAGCCCGCGGGCAAGGCGAAGGCCAAGGAGCUGCUGCAGAGAGAGCUCGGGCUGCAGGUCAGGAAGGACGUCCCGCUCGUGUGCUUCAUCGGGCGCCUUGCCCCCCAGAAGGGUGUCGACUUGAUCGAAGAGAUCUUCCCCUGGCUCAUCUCCCGGGACCCCAAGGGCGUCACAGGCGACGUGCAGCUCGUGAUGAUGGGCAGCGGAGAGGAGAGAUAUGCCAACUUCCUCCGGAGGGCAGAGGCUGAGAACAAGGGCAAGGUCGUGGGCUACGUCGGGUUCACGUCCGAGUGGGAGCACAAGAUCAUCGCCGGUGCUGACAUCCUCCUGAUGCCCUCUCGCUACGAGCCGUGUGGCCUCCCCCAGAUGUAUGCCCAGCGCUACGGCACCGUCCCAGUGGUGCAUGCCACAGGAGGUCUCAAGGACUCUGUGAUCCAGUACAAUCCUUUCCAGGACACAGACACCGGGUAUGGGACUGGAUGGAAGUUCGAGAGGGCGGACUCUGCAGGGCUGCAGUUUGGCCUCUGGAACGCUCUCAACACAUACCGCAACUUCAAGGACAGCUGGAGCAAAAUGGUGGUUCGCUGCAUGCAGCAGGACUUCAGCUGGGAGAAGAGCGCCCAGAGGUAUGUGGAAGUGUUCAAGCAGGCGAAGCAGUCGCCCCCCUUCAUCAACCCUCUCCCGUUUGAGAACUAGAGGGACGGGGAGCAGCAGACUAGUCGAUGCUCGUCGGUGAGGGAGGCGUCUUCCUGCCUCCUGGGACUCUGCGAAUCUCUCGCGUUUGAAUUUUGAGGCCUGAGAAGGAGAGGAGGUCGAGAAACGGAGGAUUAGGAGGGGAAGGACGAAGAGGAGAGUACUUUUGAGACUCAGUCACAUUAGAUUUUC